UUUUUCAAGGACAACGCUUUCAGGGUUUAUGAUCUGAGCUCCUUCUCCACACUGCUUCUCUCUAGCCCCACAAAAUGCCACCUUUAACCUCCCUCCACCUACGUCAUCUCCUCCGCCACUACCACCUCUCCUCUCCUCCACCACCAAUAACUUUCUCUUUGCAUUCUAUCCCUACCCAUCUCCCCAAAAUCCCAGCUUUGCCCUUCUGUCUCUCCCAAAGACCCUUCUCCUCCUCCCAAACCUUAAACCCUAACAACACUGAAAGUCCAGAUCCCGCAAUAGUUCAGUCUCUAUCUACUGAGAUUUCAAGAGACCCAAACACUGAUCCUUUAUCAAUCUCAGAAAGGCUCCACCUUUCCUUCUCGCACUUAACGAAGAACAACGCUUUAACACCUUCUCUAGUCCUGCAAACCCUCAAGCUUUCUCCUGAUGCAGGCCGUACAGUUAUUGGGUUUCACAAUUGGCUUAUUAAAGAUGCAAACUUUGAGCAAAAUGACGAGUCUUUGGCCCUUUUUGUUGACUAUUUUGGUAGAAGAAAGGAUUUUAAAGCAGCCCAUGAUUUGCUUGUUGAAGGUAAAAGUGUUGCUGGGGUUAAGUGUUUUGAGUCUAUGAUUGAUAGGCUUGUGAGAGCAGGGAGGACAACACAGGUCAUUGGGUUUUUUGAGAGAAUGGAGAGGGAUUAUGGGUUUAAGAGAGACAAGGAAAGUCUUACGUUUGUAGUUCAGAAGCUGUGUGAAAAUGGGUAUGCAAGUUAUGCUGAGAAAAUGGUGAAGAAUUUGGCUAAUGAGAUAUUUCCUGAUGAUGGUAUUUGUGAUUUGUUAAUCAAAGGUUGGUGUGUUGAUGGGAAGUUAGAGGAGGCUAAAAGAUUAGCAGGGGAGAUGUAUAGAGGUGGUUUUGAGAUUGGUACAAUGGCGUUUAAUGCUAUGCUUGACUGUGUUUGCAAGCUUUGUCGGGAAAAGGAUCCUUUUAGGUUGGAGUCGGAGGUGGAGAAGGUGUUGAUGGAAAUGGAUAUUCGUGGAGUUCCACGAAAUGUCGAGACUUUUAAUGUAUUGAUUAGUAAUCUGUGUAAGGUAAGGAGAACUGAGGAUGCAAUGAAGUUGUUUUCUAGGAUUGGGGAAUGGGGUUGUUGUCCAGAUGAGACUACAUUUCUUGUUUUGAUCAGGAGCUUGUAUCAGGCAGCGAGAGUUGGUGAGGGGGAUGAGAUGAUUGAUAGAAUGAAGAGUGCAGGGUAUGGUGAUAAGCUGGAUAGGAAGGCUUAUUAUGGAUUUUUGAAGAUUUUGUGUGGGAUCGAGAGGCUUGAGCAUGCUAUGAGUGUGUUUGAGAUGAUGAAGGCAGAUGGGUGCAAGCCUGGGAUCAAGACUUAUGAUUUGUUGAUGGGGAAGUGGUGUACACAUAAUCGUCUUGAUAAAGCAAAUGUUAUUUAUAACGAAGCGUUGAGCAAUGGGGUGACAGUGACACCCAAAGAGUACAGGGUGGAUCCGAAGUUUAUGAAAAAACCGAAGGCUGUUAAGAAAGAGAAGAAGAGGGAGACAUUGCCAGAGAAAAUGGCAAGGAAGAGGCGGCGGCUUAAGCAGAUUAGAUUGAGUUUUGUGAAGAAGCCCAAGAAGGGGAUGCGCCGUGCCCUUUGAUCACUAUCCAAUUCAUAUUUCAUCAAACAUGGAACUUGACAUUUUCAACUGGGCGUCGAAGUGGGCAUGAACUGGGGUGGUGGUAAAUUGCGUCAUGUGAUAUCUGAGGUUUUACUGAUAAAAUUAGAAGUUCUUUAGUUAACUGGAUCUUUAGUUAAACUGGUUAUCUGGUGGAUAUUGCUAGUCUUCUCUUGUCCAAACAAAAAGCAAACUUUCUUUAUAAAAUCUAACCAUGGCUCUUCAUGCUUUUUUUU